AUGAAGACCCUCAGCACCCUCCUCCUCGCCGUCGCUGCGCUGGCCGCAGCCGCCCCCAACGCCGCCGGCCCGGAGGUGCUCGACCCCCGCCAGACCUGUGUGUACUCGUGCGGCUGCCAGACGGACGACGGGAGUGGCAUUGACCCAGACACGGCGACGUGCUGUGCCAACGUGGGCGGCUCGCUGGGGAAUGACGGGACGCUCUGCAAUGACAUGAACCUGGCCACGGCGCAGGCCUACGCGCGGUGCUGCGGCAGCAGCGGGGGAUACGUCUGCUUCCAGAGCUCGAGCAGCUGCCCGCCUGUGACGGUCUAA